AUGUCAAGACAGCAAGCCUAUCCAAGAGAGCACAACUUGCCAAGACAGCACCCCUCACCAAGACAGCAGACCAAGACAGCAUGCCUUGCCAAGACAGCACACCUUGCAACUACAGCACGGCUUGCCAAAACAUCACUUUUUGCCAAGACAGCAAGCCUUGCCAAGACAGCAUGCCUAGCCAAGAGAGCACACCCUGCCAAGACAGCACGCCACGCCAAGACAUCAGACCAAGACAGCACGCCUUGCCAAUACAGCAUGCCUUGCAGUGACAGCACGCCUUGCCAAGACACCACACCUUGCCAAGACACCACGCCUUGUCAAGACACUAUGCCUUGCAAAGACAGUACGCUUUGCCAAGACGGCACGCCUUGCCAAGACAGCACGCCUUGUCAAGACAGUAUGCCUUGUCAAGACAGCAUGCCUUGCCAAGACAGCAUGCCUUGCCAAGGGAGCACGCCUUGCAAUGACAGCACAGCUCGCCAAGACAGGAGACCAAGACAGCGUGACUUGCCAAGUGAGCACGCCUUGCAACGACAGCAUGCCUUGCCAAAGAAACACACCUUGCCAAGACAGCAAACCUUGCCAAGACAGCACGCCUUGCCAGGACAGCACGCCUUGCCAAGACAGCACGCCUCGCCAAGACAAGACACCAAGACAGCACACCUCCCCAAUACAGCAAGCCUGGCCAAGAAAGAACUCCUUGACAAGACAGAACGACUUGACUAA